CCACCUCCUUGCUCUCGUCGAGGCUCAAGAUUUAUUUUUAAAAAAUCUUUAUUCCCCGCCCGAUUCUCCCGCUUGCUCAUCUCCUCUAUUUUUAUUCCCUCCCUUCGCAAGCCGUCUAUUUUUAUCCUCUGCGUCGCCCCGAGUCAGCGUCCAGCAACAUCCUUUCAACAAACCACGCCUCCUCCCAACGAUUCUUCUUCUACUACUUCUUCCUUUCCGCCGCCAGCUAUCACCAUGACGCAAGCCGUCAAGCGUGCUUGCGAUGCUUGCCAUCGUCGUAAGGUCAAGUGUGACGGCAUCAACCCCUGCCGCAACUGCUCAUCCGCCCAGCUCUCUUGCACAUACAAUGCCAUUCCUCAGAAGAAGGGCCCCAAGGGCUCUAGAGCAAAGGUCAUCAGCGAGCUCCGCGAGACACAACGACAGACUAGCCUUUCCACCAAGGUCCAGAACCGAAUCAACGGCAUCGCCUGCCCGUCGCCCAUCUCCCUCGCCCCUACUCCUGGCCUGCUUACUAGCGACCUCGUCAAGGACUGUGCAGGCUUCUUCUUCGAAAACAUGUACGCCCAAGCACCCGUCCUCGACCGCCGCCAGAUCGAUCAGCAAGUCCUCUAUAUGGAGCAGAACCGCGAUGCCUACUGCCUCAUGUCCUCCAUGUGUGCAUUUGUCAUGCUCCAGCCCGGCAUGACCAUGCCUCCCGGCGAUCCGUACAACCUCGACAUGGUUCCUGGUGCCAACAUCAUCUCCAGCCAGCUGCUCCUUGAAGAGGCUAUCCGUGUCCGCAAGGGCCACGAGUACCUUGAUAACAUUACUCUCAACGCCCUCGUCACAAACUUCUUCAUGUUCGGUUGCUUCUACAGCCAAGAGAUGCACGACAAGGCCUGGUACUACCUCCGUGAAGCCACCACCAUGAUUCAAAUGGCUGGUAUGCACAAGGAGGAGCACUACAUGCAGUUUGAUGCUCCUGAGGCUGCCCGUCGCAGACGCAUCUACUGGCUUUUCUUUGUUCUUGAGCGCGCCUAUGCCAUCCAGCGCCAGCGCCCUCUCACUCUCCAGGCUUCCAUCAACCUUCCCAGCCUCGCCGACGAUGCCAGCGACCCUCUUGCUCACCAGCUUCAUGGCUUUGUGCUACUGGCUAACCUCUUCCGCCCAUUUGACGAUGCUUUCACCGCCGUCUGGAACAAGACACGCAGCCAUCUCUCUCCUCAAUUCACAAGUAACCUCCACAAGCAGCUCAAUGAGCUUGUUCAGUCUUACGUAUGCCAGGACUCUAGCUUCAACGACGUCCGCUCAAACCAAGAAUGGCUCAAGAACACUGUUUGGCAGCUUACCAACACUGGAUCCCCCACCGGUGCCAAUGACGAGUCUGGCUCGUUCCAAUUUCCCGUUGAUAUGUCUCGUGAGCUCCUGAUGAACAUGGCUUCUCAAUUCCCUGGACAGGGCAUGGAGCUUCUUAACUCUGGUUUGAUUGAGAAACUCGUUGAGACCGCAUAUUCCUUGACAGAGUUCCUUGCCAUGCAGCCCGCAUCUCGCGACCCGUUCGCUAUUGGUCCCCGUGAGCACCUCAGCCAAAUCAUCAGCAUUGCCGCCGCUUCGCGCAACGGCGAUUACCGCUUCCUUCCUCUGCUCCUGAGCAAGGUCACUGAGAUUCUGCCUCGCACUGCCAACCCAAUGCUCCAGAGCGCCCCCGAGAACGCCCAGAUGUCCAACGUCGACAUCUUUGACGGCUUCGGUAACGCUGGCAUGGCUCAACCACCAAUGCCUCUUCCUCUGGACAACGCCGAGUAUGAGCGCAAGUUCUCUGGUGAUGUUAGCAGCCGUACUCCCGAAUCUGCUAGCCACUCCAACAACUCAACCAGCACACCACCUGGCAACCACUCCUCUGACUUGAGCAGCAGCUCUUUUGUUGGCUCUCCAGAGAUCAUGUCGCCCACUACCAUGGAUUACCCGCACAGCCUCAACAAUUUUACCUGUGCACCCAUGCCUGAGAUCAUGGGCCAGCAGAUUAUGCGUCAACAGUCACUGCAAAUGAACUCUCUCAACAGCUUCCGCCAACAACAACAGCAGCCGCGUCAAAAUAGCUUUCACGUCAAUAGCCAUCAUGGGUCUGAGUUUCAGGCCUUGCAACGGACAGGCUCAGAAAGCUCCGCCUUAAUGAGCCAUUUGGCCCACGACAUGAACUACAUUAGUUAGAGAGCCUGCAGCGCUCCCUAUCUCUUGUAUAAUUGCCUAUUUUGCCUGCAACGGCCUUGUAUUACGACCACUUUCACGUUAUUUUUGUCCCUUUUCUUUCUCUUCUCUUCACUAUACUGUCAACCCCCUAUUUUCUUUAUUAUUUUACUUUUUUUUUUUUUUUUUUGGAUAUAGUAACCGGCGUCAAAAGGAGUUACUGAAAGAUUGCAUGUUCGAGAUUAAAAAGAUGCUGUGAGCAGCGAUGAGCCUUAGUUUGAUGAA